UAUUGGAUGUCUGACAAAUUAGAAAUAAUUGUCGGUGAAUACUACAAUGUUUAAGAAUCCAACUAUUGGAUAUAAUAAUUUUCACUAAAUACUACUGUGUCAAAACAACGACAACAAGAGUCUGAUAUAAUAAUUGUCACCUAUUAACUAGGGUGUACUACUCUGUGUCAAAGAAUCCAACUAUUGGAUAUAUAACAAUUGUCACUUAAUUCUAAUGUGUAAAAACAACAACAACAAGUGUCGGAUAUAAUAAUUGUCUAUAUAAGUGUUUGGAAGAGCUAUUCUAAAUUAUUGAUAAUUCUGUGAUAUAAAUAUAGAUUAAAGAUUGAAUUACCAAGACUUUGGUAUAUGUAUUCUGUAGACAAAUAUUGCAAGCUGGGGAGAAAGAGUUUUACAGAGUGCUAGUUAUUUAUACCAAUUAUUUGGUAAUAGUCAUAAUGGAUGAAUAUAAUAAAUUGACAGUUUAACCAUAAAAGAAAAAAAUUCAAGAAGAAGUGGAUUGUUCCUAAGUUCUUAGGAAACACAUAGGUAUUUUGAAAUUGUGAUUUUAUAACGAUGAUAAAUAUAAGUAGUCAAACUGAAUUAGGUUGUAUUCUUUGAGAAAAUAAAAUCAUAAAAAGGGUGUUAACUUGUGCAAUCAUUAAUUAUUUCCAAUAUUUUGGAAAAUAUUAAUAAAAACUAAUAAAGGUACUAUAUCUGCUUCUGGGAAUAAGAAUUUAUUCCAAGAAAUUGGAUUUUCACCUUAAAAACAGCAUUUGAUUUAAGUUUGCUAUCCGUUACAAGCAUAUCUAUAAUAAAGUUUCCAAGUAAUUUGGAAAGUAAUGAGAUGAAAUGAAAAUAGCCAAAGGUUUAAAUACAACUAAGAGUUUUAGGAUAAGGUUUAAUUUGGUGAAAAGGGGGAGAUGUUUAGGGUUGUAUUUAAUUAGAGAACUAUGAAUAAAGCAAGUGAAAAAGUAAGGGAGGCACAAAAGUUCAAAGCCACAAAGUUCUAAUAAUUAAACUGUAGGAAACGCAUCAAGGGACUCAUGGCAUAUUCAGUUCCUCUUGUUGGUACAUUACCACUAGUGUAUCCAUCAAUGCAACCAACAUGUGCGUACCAAUCCCAUCUACCAUUUCAACCACCCAAUCCAUAUCAAAUGGGUUCAUUUCCGACUAUGAUGCCGCCUUGGAUGUAUCCAUAUCCCAUGAAUCCAUACAUGAUGCACCCACAAAUGCAACAAGGCCUGGGAAUGAAUGGCAUGUGCCCAGGUUACAUGGGUUAUCAGCCAGGGUACCAAUGUGUACCAAAUGCUGGUUUCAUGAAUGGGGUUAGGAAUAAUGAACCUAAUAACUUGAGCAGUGUACAUGAGGAAAUACCUCAAAGUAAAGUUCAGAACCCGAUUUCGGGUACGUUAAGGGAUAGUGGAGAAAGUAUUGGGGUUAUAAAUUAUGAACCUAAUAACUUGAGCAGUGUUCAUGGGGAAAGGCUUCAGAGUAAAAUUAAGAACCCGAUUUCGGGUAUGUUAAGGGGUAGUGGAGAAAGUACUUGUAUAAGUGAUGCUCAGGGUAGAUUGGACGAUUUAGAUAGAGGGCCCCACUUUGACAAUUUAGGUAGUUCUGGAGAUAGAGAAAGUAACUCCCGACCAACAAAUGGCAAUGUCCGGGAAAGAAGGUCCCAAUUUAAUGAUUUGGGUAGUUCUGGGGCUGUAGAGAGUGACUCUCGAUCCACAUAUGGUAAUGUUCGGGGAAGAAGGUCCCAGAUUGAUGAUUUGGUUAGUUCUGGGGCUAGAGGAAGUGACUCCCAAAUAACAAAAGGUAAUAUCUGGGAAAGAGGGUCCCAAUGUGAUGAAUUGGGUAGAUUAGGAGCUGGUGAAAGUAAAUUCCGACUUUCGGAGAGAAAUGGUCUGGACACAAAGUCCACGGGAGACAAACUAUCACAUCAGUUUAGGUACAAGGAAAUAACCCAAGACCAAACAUGUGAUGAACGUGCCAUAAGAGAGAGGCCAGCUACUGUGGCACAAGUAAUGGACAAAUUGACUUGCUUGUGCCGAGGGUCUAAACCCAUAAAGAAGGUGUCAGCAGAGAAAAGCGUAGCUGCGGUCGCUCAAAUGUCCCAAAGUAAGAUGCUUGAACUCUCAAACAUAUCCAGACAUAUUGGACUAGAUUAUUGGAACUGGGAGAGAGUAAAAUCAAAGGAUGACAGAUUCCGAGUCUUUGGAAGGGAGCCCAAAAAGGUCAUGGAAAGAAACAGAACGGAUAAUUCCAAUUAAUCCCGAUGAUAUUGUACGGGAAAUGGAAACCUUAUGUUCUCGCAAAGUACAGAUGCCAUCUGCCAAAUUAUUGAUCUUUCAAUUAGGUUUGGUCAAGGACCAAGAAAAGAUUAAUAGGAUUGUUACAGAACAAUGUCAGAUUGCACAGAGUCGUAGAAAUUUUAAGUUCAUCCGUGAGGCCAAACGCUAUGCAGAUAAUAUUCUAACAACCGAAUGUUUAAAAUCAUUGGAAUCAAUUUGGGGAAAGAGUAACCAACCUAUUAAAAAGGGAAACUCCUGUUUAUCAACAGACACGGGUAAUGACGUUUUUUCUAGUAGGGAUAUUCGCUUUUUGGGAAAUACUGUUAAAAGUGAACCGGUGGACUCUUUCAGUGUUCACUCUAUUGUUACCCCAGAUGAAGUUAUCCCAAAUCUUUUGGGUGAUGAAGAUGAUAUGGCAAAUGACUCACUAUUGAAUUUAGAACCCAAAGACUUGGGUGGAACUCAUACAACUGAAUCAAUUUCAAAUGACUCACUUUUGGAUUUAGAACCCAAAGACCUGGGUGGAAUGCAUACAACUGAAUCAAGUUUAGAUUUGGAACCCAAUCUGUUGGGCGGUGACGAAAGAGUGGAAACUGAAAUUAAUACAUCUGUUCCCAUUUUGGAUCUGGAACCCCAAUUUUUGGGUGAAGAGGAGAUGGUGGAAACUGAAAUUGUGAUCCCGACAUAAUAACUAAUAUCCAUACAAACAUACCUGAUAAAGAUGAGCACUAGCGUCGAAUCUAUGUAUCGGAUGAUGAUGGAUAUAAGAUGAUCGUCAAGAAGUAAUAAGUCCGUCAGGUCUCAGUCGUGGUCAGUCAAAGUCUAUCUGUUUCCUGCUAGCUGGUUCCCUACAUCAGCCUCUAUUAGACUGGUUAUCAUAAAUGAAUAAUAUGACUGGUUCCCAGAUCACAACACACCUCCCCCUUCUAUUUUUUAAGAUGUUUCAUUAUCUAUCUAGAUAUAUGAAAAUAGUAAAUAAGCCUUAUGUCAAUUUGACAAAGCUAAAAUAUACCCAACCAAUUGGGAAAUUAUUAUUUGUGAAAACUUCCCAAAUUCUCAUUAAAAAGAUCACUUAAAAACACCCAACCAUUGGAUGAUACCCCAUUAACUAAAAUGUUUGAUAUUUACAAAUAUCUACAUAUAUAUAUAUAAAUAAAUGAAUGUCAACUGAGUAUUACUCACUUGAAAAUUACCCAGCCAUUGGGUUAUCACAUAAUAUUGAUUACUAAUUACCAUGCAUAACUGCCCAUACACAUAUUGAGCUAUAUGCAAAUAAAAUAUAAAAGUUUGACCCAACCAUUGGGUUAUAGUACAAAG